UGUGGUUGAUCAUUUAUCUUAUGGUGUGGGCUGUUUAUUUGGUACCUAAGGGUACCUAAGUUCGGUGUGCUAUCCCUGGCUGACAACCGCGGUUAUAAAGCCUCCUAUUGGGCUGACAAUUGCGGCAUGGCAUCGGUCGGGUUAUUGCCCCCAGGGCUCUCUGAAAUUCCUCGGAGGGAGGCAAUGUUAUGUGUAACCUGUGGAUACUAUUAAAUCCGGUAACUCUGCCAGAGACUCGAACCCAAGUAGUCUAAGUAAUCGAAUUUCAUCUAUUGGAAUCUGAAAACUUUACCAAGAUGUCCGGACGACUCCUACCUGAUGUGUUCCAGCAAGCCGUAUUGAAUUCGCGGUCGUACCCGAGGAAUAUCAUUUACCAAACGCUCGAUGCAUAUUCAAAAUCUGCCACUAAGGCCGAAACUCGUCUUGGCGAAAGAGAAGAUGAUCUUUUUGAAGAUAACGAAUUGGAAUGGGAGGUUCCUAUUCGUGAUUUGGAUACAGAGUGUGGGAAGGACGUUGAUAAAUACAACAUACAUAGUCAUGAAAAACUGCUCGAGUGGCUUGGUAUCAAAAUCCAGCCGAGCUCCCAGAGAUUUCCAAUUGUCACGGGAGGGAAGAAAGAUCCCAAGUGUCGUUUUAUAAACAUAUAUGGAUUGCAUUCGAGGUCCAAAUUAAGGCUCACCAGAGCUAUGUUUACGGAUAUCUUAACCUUUCACCAAGUCAUGCCGGCCUUCCUCGAGUUCAUUCAUGUGUUCGGUCAGCAAGGAGAAUUCACUGACCUGCAUUUUACUGGUUUUCGUGAGCAAGUAAUUCUCACAAAUCCACCUAAGGAGUUGAUUAUCCCAGAACUUGGGAGAAGCGGAAAGCAUUACCAAAUAUGCUUCAAUCUUAAAGGUGUAUCGCUGAAGUCAGAAUGUAAAGAAGACUUCAUGCUCAAUGAAUGGUCUAUCCGCCCAGCUGUCUUCCACCACCAAUUUGAUGUCUCUAAUGGAAAUACACUGUGGAUAGUGAUCAAGGGAAACCAAGAGAUUCAAGAUCGUUUCAAAGCUCUAACUGGCAAGGAUGCUCGAGCCCAAGACAAAUCUUUCGGUAGUGUUGAAGAAUCAUUUCACUCGAGUUUAUCAGCUCACUUGCUAUAUUGUCACUGGGCAAUGGAGGAUUGGCGGUGGUAUAUUGUAUGGCUAGAGAAAGCUGUUGACAAGAAGCAUCUUAUGGCAGUCCUCGGACCGUCAGGGGUUGGCCAUGCUCACAAGAUAUAUACGCCUCCAGAUAUCCAAGACCUGCAGAUAUGGGAAGAGAGAACUAGGCAAGUCAUUAUGGCUCUUGAGAGCAAUGCGGAUAUCAUGUUCUCUCUUGUAAUGUUUUAUCGCAGAUUGACUGAAGACAAGAACUUCCCACUGGAGAAAUCCUGUUAUUCAGAUAUCUGCUACUUCGGGAACCAAGUUGAAAAUAUAAUUUCAGAUUUUAGGAUGCAGAUCAAACGGGCAGAACUCUUAAUAAGAACCAUUUCUGAUCGCAGACAACUAGUCAUCCAACAUCUCCAAAGCCAAUCGGCUUACCGAGCUGAGAGUUUAGGCCGCAGUAUGGAACAGGAACAAAUAUUCAUGCUUGUUAUAACAAUAGUAACUCUUAUAUUUCUUCCGGCAACGUUUGUUUCGACGUUCUUCAGUACAGAUAUCAUUAAAUAUCAGGACCCAGAUAGUCCAGAGGGGUCAUUUUCUGCCAUCGCAAUGUCCAGAUGGCUGGAAGUAACCAUACCAUUAACUGUUGUGACCUGCGGGGUUGCUUGGUGGGCAAGGCGGUGGAAAUUGAUGAAAAGGAGAGCACACGAAGUUGGCCUAGAACAGCCGAUAACAUCAUCAAAACUGAAAGGCCCUCUUGGAUCUUCAGCUACCCUUCUACCGUUACAUAACAAGUCCACCCUCGGUACCAGAGGUUCUUUCUUGGAAAGAGUGAUGAAAGGGAAAACAUUCUAGAGUAUUGGGAGGAUACCUAGGCAACUAGGUAAUUGAGCCUGAUUACCUAUGUAUGAUAUCA